UAGUUAUUGGAGCACGAAGUAAAGCUCUACUCAUUUUGUAAUAUAAGUGGCGGCAAGGCUAACCGCCUCUGGAAGCGAUCUGCUCCCAGAGCACAGAUAGAGUUAGUCACCCCGCCGCCCUGAACAGCCCACUGAGCGACCCCGAGAGGAGGUAUUCACUGACCAAAGCCAGACUCCUGGGCGGUUAUUCCAAGGCCGCGAAUGGCUUCGCGAUUGGCUGCAAAGAAUGCUGGAUUUGAUCCGCCAAGGCUAUUGAUACGGAUCGUCCUUUGGUAUCAGGACAUCAUACGAGCGCUUCUUCACCUCCACGGCCUUGGCAUCGCCCAUUCGGAUAUACGCAAGCAUGAUAUCCUUUUUGAUGCCCAAGGCCACGCUUUACGUGGAGAUUUCGGCGCCUGCUGUCCAUUUGGAAAGCCCAAUCCUUCUCUACCGGUCCUACUUAAUGGGCCAUCAGAGACGGUCUCUGAUGGGACAGACAGAUUUGCCAUGGGUUGCCUGGUUUACGAAUUGGAGACCGGAGUCUCGUCGGGAAUAUCCAUGGACGAUCACGACCGCCUUGUGUUACCCCAGAUCCAGACUGGCCAUAGUGGUCUUGAUUGUCUGAUCGAAAACGCCUGGCGCGGACAAUACAACUCGACAGCAGAUAUGCUGGAGCAUGCCGAAAAUCUGAAUGGGGCCCAGGAUAAUCGUGGUGCAGUUGAAUAUCCUGUCUCGAAGGCCGAAUUAGUCGAGGGAAUUAUGCGGUGGAGAAAGAAACGACAGGAGCAACAUGGCUGCAUCCUCCGUUCGUUACCAACAGAGCAGCAACUGCGAAUUCUAGCAGAGCGUUACGGCUAGAAUGUUGAUGAAGAGCAGCGUUUUUGUGAUGAUCAAUUUCCGUUCCCUAGAUGUAUGUCUCUUGGGUGAUAUUGUUUUGGGGUUUGUUGUUCGGGACAACUCAUGUCAAUUCGUAAACCACGUAACUGUACCACAUUAAUAGCGGCGCCCUUCAAUAAAGUGGCGUCAAAAGUAACUGUUUUU